GGCUGCAGCAAAGCGUUUGGCGCGAUGUCUCACACCAUUUUGUUGGUACAGCCUACCAAGAGACCAGAAGGCAGGACUUACACUGACUAUGAGUCUGUGAAUGAGUGCAUGGAAGGUGUUUGUAAAAUGUAUGAAGAACAUCUGAAGAGAAUGAAUCCCAACAGCCCCUCCAUCACCUACGAUAUCAGUCAGUUGUUUGACUUUAUCGAUGAUCUGGCAGAUCUCAGCUGUCUUGUUUACCGAGCUGAUACACAGACGUACCAGCCUUAUAACAAAGACUGGAUCAAAGAGAUCUACGUACUCCUUCGUCGACAGGCCCAACAGGCUGGGAAGUAGUUGAGUUGGAAGCGUUGGGAGCUGAGAGUGGGCUUGGAACAGGGUGCAUACAGCGUGCUGUAGUGAACAUUUUGUAUGAUAGUAACCCUGUUUCCAUUUUGUUACUAGAGCCAAGAUUGAAUGUAUGACACGAUAGUGAAUGAUCUUUUCAUUCCAAACCACCGUUGCCCCUUUGCUCCUUUCCUUUCUUUUUUUACUUAAACAUUUUUAUGAUAAUUC